GCCGCCGUCGAGCUCCGCCACCACCGACCGACGGCGUUACGGUUUCCCCUCCGCUUCCGUGCUCGAUCGCCUCCCCGUUGGGCCGGUCGCCGGAGAUAGCUGCGAAGAACAAUGAGCGGCGAGAACGGUGCGUGGCGGAUCGUCCACGUCCCUGGCAGGCCGCCGGUUCCGCCUGAUCAGCAACUCACAGUGGACGUGGUAGCCGCUCAGAUUGAGCAGCCGAAGCUCACGAACACUAUCAUAAGGCGUUUGAGUCAAAUUGCGCCAUUGGAGGACCUCCAUCACGUGAAGCGGGUGAAGAAGAAGUGUCUGGAAGGAGGAAAAAUUCAGCUAUCAGUGAUCUUAUGUCUGGCUUCUGAAAAUGGUGAUUUUGAUGGAAUUCCAUGUGACGUGAAGGAUGUAAUUAAUUCUUAUCAGUUGAGUCCUUUUGUGGCAAAAGUCUGCAAAUAUGCUGCAUCAUCAAAGGAAGAGUGGGUAGAACAGUGCAAGCUAUGGCCCACCUCAUACCAUCCACCAACCUACAAUAUCAGUGGCAUAACUGGGUUUAGUGAAGAAGACUCACGAUCAGUUGUAAGUUUUAUGAACUAUGCUCUGGAAUUGGCGAAAUCUCAUGGUAAUGUGGUGGUCAAUGCUGCAGCCAUUGUAGAUCCUCUGUCUAAUCAAGUGAUUGCAAGGGCAUGUGAUGAAGUCUGCUCUUGGCAUACUCCAAAAACAGAAGUUGGUGCUGAAUUUAGUAGUUCCACCAAAUCUCCUGCUGACAUGACUGGAUGGAUAAAACAUGAAUUAGGUCUUCAGCGCUGUUCCUCAGGUGGGCCAGAGCAAGUUGCGACAUCCAUUUCUUGUCUACAUCCUCGGUGGUGGGUAGAUGAACAGACUCGCAGGAGCUCUUCAUUUUGGCACCCGUUGCGACAUGCUGUUAUGGUGGCCAUUGAAUCAUCUGCUGCUAGGGACAGAUGCUUAUUCCCUGAUGUGAGAUACAAAGAUGAAGCUACUAAAGAAGAGUGUAUUCUAUCUCCUGCAAAGUCUCAAGCAAAAAGACGGAAAACUGAUGGCACUGACGUCGACGAUGGUGACAAAAAUGAUGAUGCUCAUGGAAAUGGUGAUCUCUCUAGUAGACCGUAUUUGUGCACUGGCAAUGACAUCUACCUUGUUUGGGAGCCAUGCACAAUGUGUGCGAUGGCACUUGUGCAUCAGAGAAUCAGGCGUGUGUUUUACGCUUUUCCAAAUCCGAGUGCGGGAGCGUUGGGCAGCGUUCACCGGCUACAGGGCCAAAAAAGCUUGAACCAUCACUAUGCAGUGUUCAGGGUUGUGAUGCCACAGGAUAUCCUCGACAAAGCAAAAACGUCGAUAUGUGGGAGCUGAGGAUGAGAAUGUCGAGUUGAGGAUGCCUCAAAUUUUGCAGGAAGAAGAUCGUAGGAAGAUUUGUAUUGCAUUAUUUAUCUUCUUGGUCAUCAGAUUUUGGACUUCUUUUUCGCCUUUCUAAUCUUGUUCGAGUUAUGUAUUGCAUUUAGAUGUCCAUAUUUAAGUUAAAGAAAUUCCACAGUUAUUAUGAAGUUGGCCCUCGUGCUGUAUUCUUAUGAAUGAGAGAAUGAAAUGUACAGAGCAAGGAACUGGAGAGAUGGUAUUGUAAUUGGGACAGAAGCAUCUGAAAGACUCGCAAGAUGGCUUCGAAGACUAGGAGCGGCAACUUGCGAAUAUAGGUUUUUGGUUUCGGUAA